GCACCGGCCUCUAGCGGCAACGGCGGGUCGUCCAAGCCGUCCCCGGGGCGGAGCAGCAGCUCCGACCGGGAGAGCAAGGCGGACGCGGAGGCGUCGCAGGCCUCCGUCGCGCCGGACACCGUCGCUGCCGGCGAGGCGGCGGGCUGCGUCGGCGAGGAGGAGCCGGAGGCGCCCUCGUCGUCGCAGGUCCCGGAGGUCGUCGAUAUGGACGUCGAGGAGCACGAGGACGACGAGGACGGCGACGGAGAGGUCGAUCCCGCGGCGAGGCCCGCGCCCGCUGGCUCGCCGGCGCCGAUCCCGGAGGUUGUCGAGACGGACGUCGAGGAGCACGAGGGUGACGAGAAGGACGCGCCGCCGAGCGACCCCUUUUCCAUGCCCGAGAGCGAGCCAGUCCACCCGCCGCCGGCCGCGGCCGCCCCGCCGGGAGAGGGCACGUUGUCGCCGCCGCCGCCUCGCCGCCGGGGCCUGCACCAGCCAGCGGUCCGCACCGCGCCGGCGGCGCGCAAGAGGCCCACGCCCGCUCCCGCCACCCCGUCGGCCGCUCACGCGGCGCUGACCGAGGCGUCGCUCGGCGGCGACUUGUCCCGAAUCUACCAGAUCGAGGCGUCCGACUACGAGUGGCUUGUCGGCUACCUCAACAAGGAGGAGCUCGCGCCCCCGGUUCCGGUCUCUCCCGAGGCGCCGCUGCCAACGUCGCCGUCGGCCGACUCCGAGCCGGGCUCUUUGGAUGGGGUCACCUUGAAGCCAAUCGAGGUGCUCGAGGGCGAAGCGCCAGCCGAGGAGGAGGGCGACGGCGCCGAUCCAAAGCCGCCCACUGCGGCGCUGCCGACCGCCGCAGUGCCGUCAUCCGACCCUUUUCCAACGAUAGAAGACUAUCUGGGUGACAAGAAGAGGUUCAAGCAAGCCGUCAGCGCAUGGUACGCACGUGAUUUCCGCCGCCAGCUUGCAGCCAAGGGACUGGCGCCGCCGCCCGACGAGAAGAAGAGGCCGGCGGCCGGCGGAGCUGCGGAGCCUCAGAAGCCGAAGACCGCAUACGCGCGGUACAUCAAGGACGCGCGGGCGAGGAUCAAGGGCGAGAGCCCCUCCGCCUCCCCCUCCGACGUACACAGCCUCGCCCUCGCCGCGUGGAAGGCCGCCGGCAAGGAGGAGAAGGCGCCGUACGAUGCGGCGUUCACCGCCGACAAGGCGCGGUACGAAAAGGAGUGUGCGGAGGCGGGGAUUGAGCCCGCCAAGCGAGGCCGCAAGUCUGGCGACGGUGACGCCGCGCCGCCGCAGCAGCCGCCCGCGGCGAGGAAGCGGCGCGGCUCGGGCGCGGGGCUGCUCGGCGCGGCUCCGAGCGGGCGGCGGCCCGAGCCAGACCUGUCCGGCAGCCCCAAGGGCCCGACGCCGCGCGGCAGCCCGGCGCUCGCUGCCGAGCCGGUGCCCGCGCCCGCGCCCGCGCCCGCGCCCGCGCCCGCGCCCUCGCCCUCCGACGUGAUCGACGCCUUCGUCGAGACGAUGGGCGACGAGCGCUCCUCCUUCUCCUUCGACCUCGAGGCCGCCGACCUCGAGGCGCUGCUCGGCGACCUCGAGGCGCUGCUCGGCGGCGCCGACCCCUUUUCCAUGCCCGAGAGCGAGCCAGUCCACCCGCCGCCGGCCGCGGCCGCCCCGCCGGGAGAGGGCACGUUGUCGCCGCCGCCGCCACCGCCUCGCCGCCGGGGCCUGCACCAGCCAGCGGUCCGCACCGCGCCGGCGGCGCGCAAGAGGCCCACGCCCGCUCCCGCCACCCCGUCGGCCGCUCACGCGGCGCUGACCGAGGCGUCGCUCGAGGGCGACGCGCCAGCCGAGGGGGAGGGCGACGGGCCCAAGCCGAGCGCAGCCGCGCCCGUCCGCCGCAAGCUCGACUCCAAGCCGCGCAAGCUGGGCCAGCCCUCUGCAGCGGCCAAGUCAAAGCCGACGCCGCAGCGCAAGCCGGGGGAGAAGCCGCGUGCACAAAA